AUGCCAAAUACUGUCAAAUCACAAUUGGCCAAAUUCGUUCCUUACUCAGCUACCCAAGGUCCGGACCUCCCAUGGCAUCAACCAGAAAACCCGCUUCCCUCUGAAAUUCUGGCACAACAACUGACGAGGCUAAAGUCAUAUGCUCAAGCUAGAUUUGGCAGUUUCCGCGCCAAGGCCCUGGUUGCAGGGCUUUUGAUAUUUCUCUUAGUGGAGCUCAUGAAAGUGUCUGCCGCUUCCAGCUUCGACUCCGAUCUAUACUGUGGUCAUCCUCUAUCUCGAAUCACCAGCGAAGCCCAGCGCUCAUUUGAUGCGGUUAAAUCACGCCAGUCCCGGUCGUUGCCCGAAGCAGUGGCCGAAUAUAAAAGAAGAUAUGGGAUGCCGCCACCGCCGCACUUUGACAAGUGGUACGAAUUUGCUGUCGCUCGAGAAACGGUCUUGGUGGAUGAAUCUGACACUAUUUAUCACGAUCUACUUCCCUUCUGGGCCCUCCAGCCGAGAACUAUCCGAUCCCGCACAAGGGAAGACCUGGGGUACGAUAACGGACUGGUGGGCAUAUUGAUACGCCAUGGCCAGUUCGAGAACCUGCACGGUGGAGGACAGGGCGGUUUUCAAUCCAUGGCAAUUCAGACCAUGAUCGCUCCAUUCGCUCAUUUGCUGCCAGAUAUGGAUCUCGCUUUCAAUGUCCAUGAUGAGCCUCGCGUGGUAGUCCCGCACGACAGUCUUGCCCGGAUGGUGAUCCUAGGUCAAAAAGCGCAGUCACGUUUGCUGUCCAACGAGAAAGGCUUGGUAAAUCGGUUUUCACCCCCGCCAGGGGAGCUCAAUGAAGACAUUGUCGACAAUCCACGGACCCGAUAUCACGACAUCGAGAUGCAAGAGACGUGGCUCUUUGGCCGAUUAUCUUGUCCGCUUGAUUCGCCUGCAAGGCAACUAAAUGGUGGCGCACCGGACAACCCAGAUAUUCUUGGCGAUGCCUCGCUAGGCCUCGUUACCAAUCAUACCGCUUUCAGUGAUAUCUGUCAAACCCCAUCACUCCAAUACCGCCUGGGCUUCUUUGACAAGCCCAACGCUUGCAAGCUCUCGCCAGACUUGACCCCGGUCUUUUCGAUGUCGAAGCUAUCUUCGUUCCAGGAUGUACUCUACCCAUCUCCAUGGUAUUACACAGACCAAGUCUACUUCGACAAGGACGAAGGUGUUGAUUGGAACCAUCAAAUCCCGCAGUUGUAUUGGAGGGGAUCGACAACAGGCGGGUUCAGUGACAAAGGGACAUGGCGCCAGCAUCUGCGGCAGUAUUUGGUGGAUGCGCUCACCCAUUUCCAUCCUAACACAACGCAACCGUUACUGUCGCAAGAGCGCCCGGGCUCAAAUAAUUGCGGCAGUGCAUGGGAGAAAAGUUGGAAUCUCAAUGAAACCCAUGCCGAGUUUGAUGAGAUGUUCAACAUCAAGUUUACCGAGAUAAAGCAAUGCAGCAAAGCGGAUUGUGAUGAGGAAGACGAUUACUUUGACACGGCACGACGAUCGAAGCAAUCAGAGGCAUGGAAGUACCGUUACCUUCUGGAUAUGGACGGCAACGCCUACAGCGGACGAUUUUAUGCUUUCCUGCAAAGCUACGCCGUAACUAUGAAGCUGGCGUUUUUCAGGGAAUGGCAUGCGAACAUCCUCUUUCCCUGGGUACAUUAUGUACCCCUUAGCCUUAAGACGAUCGGCUACGCCGAGAUUCUCCGAUUUUUCGAGCACGAUCCAAAAGGGCAAACGGCGGCCAAGCGUAUUGCGGAUUCCGGGCGCAACUGGGCUCACAACGCACUUAGACACGAAGAUAUGGAGGUUUACAUGUUUCGAUUAUUGCUGGAGUAUGGGCGUUUGGUUGACGAUAAUCGUGAAUCACUUGGAUACCACGGGUGA